CUCCCUCACUUUCGAUAUCAUUCAUUCCUUCAAUUCAUUCACCCACAUUCAUUAAACCACUCUCUACAAAAAUGACGAAACAAAAUUCCGGCAACUCCACUCUUCUCCGGCGACAAAAACUCGCCGUACUCCUCCACAGCUCCGACCCAAACAUUAUGAUCACAACCAAACAUCAACAAGACAACAACGAUGGUAGUUUCGACCACCGUCAAAGCAACGCUUCAUUACCAAGCCCCAACAGAUCUUCAUCUUCAUCUUCAUCUCCGGUUCAUUAUUUUAUGUCACCGGUUAAUCAUAUAACCUCACCAUAUACCAAAUCUCCUUGGAGUAUUCCAUACCCUAACAAUAUUAAUGCUGUUAAUAAUAAUAAUACAGGCCUGAUUGGGUCUUUGGUACGUGAAGAAGGACACAUUUAUUCGUUAGCGUGUUCUGGUGAUUUGUUAUAUACGGGUUCGGAUUCGAAGAAUAUUCGGGUUUGGAAGAAUUUGGUUGAGUUUUCGGGUUUCAAAUCGAGUAGUGGAUUGGUGAAAGCAAUUGUUGUAUCUGGUGACCGGAUAUUUACCGGUCACCAGGAUGGUAAAAUACGGGUUUGGAAGUAUUUUGAUAGUAAGAGGAAAGCUUAUAAACGGGUUGGUAGUUUACCAACCACGAAAGAUUAUAUAAAGAGCUCGAUGAAUCCGAAUAACUACAUUGAAGUAAGGCGGCGUCGUAAUGUGCCAUGGAUUAGGCAUUACGACGCCGUUGCGUGCAUGAGUUUGGAUGAACAACAAGGGUUGUUGUAUUCGGGGUCAUGGGAUAAGUCGAUGAAAGUCUGGAGACUUUCUGAUUCCAAAUGUUUGGAAUCAGUAAACGCCCAUGACGACGCUAUUAACAGCGUCGUUGUGGGGUUUGACGGACUGGUUUUCACCGGGUCCGCCGAUGGGACGGUGAAAGUGUGGAGGAGAGAGUUGGUCGGUAAAACGACCAAACACCUCCUCGUUUACACACUUUUGGAUCAGGACAGCGCGGUGACGUCCGUGGUGGUGAACAUGAACACCACGGACGCCAUAGUGUACGCUGGGUCCUCAGACGGGUUGGUAAACUUUUGGGAAAGGGGGAAGCAAACGCUGUCCCAUGGCGGCGUUUUGCGGGGGCAUAAACUCGCGGUUCUUUGUCUAGCAACCGCGGGUAGUUUGUUGUUUAGUGGGUCCGCGGAUAAGAGUAUUUGCGUGUGGCGGAGAGAGGGUGGCGGGAUUCACACGUGUUUGUCGGUUUUAUACGGACACACCGGACCGGUGAAGUGUCUAGCGGUUCAAGGACGGUUUGAAGAACAAGAAGAUGAUGAUGAUUAUCGGAAAGAUCAAGAAUGGGUGGUUUAUAGUGGCAGUUUGGAUAAUUCGGUUAAGCUCUGGCGCGUGUCGGAACAACCAUAGAUAAGCAAUGCUAAAUGGUGGUUAUGACGUUUGGAAAUACAAGGAGGUGACGGAACGCGCCGCCGUAUGGUGGUGGGGGUGGUGUUUUGCUUGUUGGUAUGUGUCAAGUUUUGUGUUUCCGCAAAUUGAAUGGGUCACAUUACUCAGUGCAAGUACAAGAACGUGUUUGAAAAUGUUUUGUUUUUUAAUUUAUUUAAAUGUAAAUGUAAAUGGAUCGAGAAUUGGAGAUCAUGGUUUCUCUCUCAAAAUAUAUAAAAACGAAAAAAUGUAAUAUGUAUGUAAAUUUAUAUAUGGUAAAUGUAAUUGGAUGGCUUGGGUUUA